AUGUACCUGAUCACUGUGUUGGGAAACCUGCUCAUCCUCCUGGCUGUCAGCUCAGACUCCCACCUCCACAUACCCAUGUACUUCUUCCUCACUAUCCUGUCCUUGGUAGACAUCUGUUUCACCUCCACCACCAUCCCGAAGAUGCUGGUGAACAUCCAGACACAGAGCAAAGUCAUCACCUAUGCAGGCUGCAUAACCCAGAUGUAUUUUUUCCUACUCUUUGCCACACUGGACAACUUCCUCCUGACUGUGAUGGCCUAUGACCGCUUUGUGGCCAUCUGUCACCCCCUGCACUACACAGUCAUUAUGAACCCCCGGCUCUGUGGACUUCUGGUUCUGGUGUCCUUUAUCAUGAUUGUCUCCUUAUUUUAUGGUACACUCCUAGGAGUGUAUUUCAGCUCUGCGGGUACCCACAGCUCACAGUCCAGUGCAACAGCCUCAGUGAUGUACACUGUGGUCACACCCAUGCUGAACCCCUUCAUCUACAGCCUCAGGAACAGAGACAUAAAGGGGGCUCUGAAAAGAUUCUUUGGAUGGAGGAUUCUCCACAAACCACCAGACCCUGGGCUUCCUCAGUUGCACAGCCACCAGCCCAGCCAGCCAGCAACUCAACCAGGGUCUGUUCAGGCUCUGGGGACUCAGGAUCUCAGAUCUCCAUCUCCCACACUACUAGCGUGUGGGCCAGCUGUGGAUGUGUGGGUCCUGGCUGCAGGGAUGACUAGGGGUCUGGCAGGCAUAGAGGGCAUCCAGAGCCAGAAGGAGACUAUGCAAUGUCUGUAUGACCACCUGGCCUUCUACCUGGAGACAGUGAGAAGCUUGGAGGCUGAUAACUGGAGAUGGGAAAGCAAAUUCCAGAAACACCUGGAGAAGAAGGGACCCCAGAACAGACAGAGACUGGGGGGCAUCAUUUCAAGACCAUCAAGAACCUGA